AUGUCGGGUUGGAUGUCAUGGUUCACAGGACCAAAGGACACCAAGAGACCUGCUCGAGAAGCUAUCAUCAAGCUGAGGCAGAACCUGCAGCUCCUUGAGAGAAAGGAGGAGCAUCUGCAGAAGCAGAUCGAUGAACAGCAUGCCAAGGCUAAAGCAAACGCUGUUACUAAUCAGAACUUGGCGAAAGAGGCGCUGAAGCGGAAGAAAGUCCUACAGGCGGAUCUCGACAGGCUCAGCGGGCAGAAAUUCACACUCGAAUCCCAGGUGAACGCGCUCGAGAGCGCUAACAUCAACCAGGAAGUGUUGGACGCUAUGACGAGUGGCGCCAAUGCACUCUCCAAGAUCCAUGGAAAGAUGACAGUCGAACAAGUCGAAACGACAAUGGAUUCGAUCCGAGAACAAAUGGCCGUUACACAAGAAAUUUCAAACGCUAUUUCCACUCCCAUGGUUGCAGGAAUUGAGAUAGAUGACUUUGAGCUGGACAAAGAGUUAGAGGAGCUAGAACAGGAGGAGCUCAAUACCCGAUUAAAGGGUGCUGAACGCGUGCCGAUACAACCUCCGGUUUCGCCAACAAGAGAGACUGCAGAUAAAGGGAAACGGCGAACAGAAGAGUCAGAAGAAGAGCGGGAGCUGCGGGAACUCCAAGCCUCGUUGGCUAUGUGA